AUGGCCACCCAACCUUUCCAAAUCCAUACCGACGACGAACCCCCCUCCCCCUCUACAGCAUCAACCUCCAACAUCAACCUAUCAACCUCCAUCCUCACCCCCCACCAAAACACCCUCCUCCGCGCUUACCUGCUCCACCACCGCCAGGAAACCGAACUCAUGAACUUAGUCGUUAGCCUAGAAACGAGCGUAAGGCGCGAGCGCGACCAGCAAGGGGUAGAGCAUCUAGAGCGGAACCUGGCGAGGGCGCAGCUGCGACUUGCGGGGGUAAGAGAGGAGAGGAGGAGGGCGGAGGCGAGGGUUGGGAGGGAGAUGGAGAGACUGAGGGGUGUGGUUGGGAAGGCGAGGGUGGAGGCGAGGAUGCAGGGUGAAGAGAUGAGGAGGAUUUUGGGGAGGGAGAGGGGGGGUGGGGUGGUGUGUUUGCGGUAG